AUGAUAUUGCCGAAUAUCGUGGUGUGGUGUGCACAGGUAUUUAAUCCCCAACUCUAUGGCUAUGCCAUUGGCAAUGUGGUGUCGCGUGAAAGGGCUUCACGUUUUAAUGUGGGCGAAGGCAGUGCCUUGACCUUGGAUAUGCCAUAUCAGGCCAGGGGAGCAAUGAUGUCUGCUUUGAUAUGUGUUAUUAUCGGACCAUGGAGGAAUUUUACCAAAGUACAUCGUCGUAGCCUUUACAAGACUUUGGAAAUUCUCAAGGCCCACAUACCACGGGCCUUGGUAAAUGUAAUGUCCACACCGAAUAUUCCAGAUAUAGUAAAGUGUAUAAAUAACCUGCCAUUGGCAUGUGAGGCAACGCACAUCUUUGCCUGCCACUAUAUAGCAAGAAGGAAACAUGAUCCGCAGCAAUUGCAGGACCUAUCGAAGGCGAUGAGAAAGGUUCAAGAAAUCGAUGAAGAAGUUGCUAAUUUGCAGGAAUUUCAAAGUGACGACUUUGCGGUGGUCUAUCAACCAUUGAUGCGGAAUUGGUAUACCCCGACGAAUCGGAAAGGAAAUACCGAUUAUCGAUACUUUGGUCCUGAUUGUUUUCAUCUGAGUCAAUUGGGUCACGCCGCGGUGGCCAAUAUGCUGUGGAAUAAUAUGUUGCAACCGGUGGGAGCCAAGGAUGACAGCUUUCAUCCAAAGGCCUUUGAGGUUUUUGAAUGUCCCAGCGAAGAGAGGCCAUAUUUGGCCACAAGGGGGAAUAGUGGAAAAAUAUGA